GGGACCAGAGAAGAAAGAUCCACCCCCUCUCACUAUCGAAAACGGAUCAGUGACCCAGUUUGGUUUGGGAGUCCAGAUUCAUCAUGCAGCUCCAGUCCGAAACUGACUUACCCAUCACCAGGAAGUCACCAGCAGACAUUCUCUCCCAGCCUUCGUCAUCCACCCUUGGACCCCAUUGGUAGGGCAGCUACCCAAAGGGCUGUCGAGGAGUUUGGCUCUCCUUUACUGAGGAUUAAACUGGCUCAUGCACUUGAGUAUGCCUCAUGUUCACAUGUCAACAAACAGCCACGCUGUCAGUCCUGGGGUGGAUCUCCUGUGCAACGUCAAAACAUCAAUGCAAACCCCAAAGACCACUUAAGAGACAGGAGUCAGGCUAUUUGUGGGCUCCCUCGGAGCCCAGCUUCAGACCAGCUAUCCUCCCAGUCCAGACACUCUCCUCAGUCGAGGCCGUGGUCCUGUGUAGAGACCCAGAGUCUUCAAUGGUCAGGAGAGGAAAAAGCUGUGAUGGGAAGUCCAGCCACCCAAAAACAUACUCACAGGACCUCUAACAGGAGCACUUCACCAAAGGGAGCAAGUCUCCAACUUGGCAAUAAUGUAGUUGAGGGAUUGAACCAGUUAAGUGACAUGAAAUCCUCCUCUCCAACUCACAGCCCUGAAGUUGCCCACAAGCUAGCAGAGGAAGCUUCCAAAGUAUCUUCUAUUUUCACAGAGGCAAGAAGGUCCUCAUUGCACAAUCCUUUAGGUGAGCUUACAAGCGCCUCAGUCUCUGAAGAAUUUCACAAUUCGCCUCCAAAUGCACAACAGUCUAAGCAAGUGCUUAAGAUGAACAUCCCUUUAAAUGACCAACACAUACCAGCAACUGACAACACUGACUCUCACCAGCCUGAAACCUCUGUCUUGCAGUCACAUCCACAUGCAACAAACUCAUAUACUAAUUAUGACGCUCACCAGGAGAACUGCACUCAGAAGUCCCAGCAACAAAGCUCAAUUUUUUCUGCUGCUCAAAAUUCCCCUGCUCUUCCUUCACGUUUUUUUCAUCCCUCGCAUCCUCCCACCGAGUUCAGCUCUCCAUUGAGGGACCCUAGGCUACUUCAAGCUGAACUCCGUGCACCAGAUACCCCAACUCUACAUCGCCGUCAACCCCCACAGUAUGCUGGGGAUUCCUGGUGCCCAAGCCUGGACAAGAAGGAAGACCUGAGCAGUUUUGAGAAAGGUGACUGCACUGAGCUUGCUCGUAGGCUCUUUAUCAAUCAAUGUGUUGAGGAGGCACCUGUCAGCUGGACGUCCAGGCAGCAGUGGGGGAAUCAUGUGGAGAAUAACCCAAGACCAAGCCCUGAGUCUGGACUUGCUUCCAAGAACAGUAAACCUCCUGAUAGUCAUGCCAGCCAACGGCACCAGCCAAUCAGUCCCACUACCCAACAGAAACGGGCUGAGCAGCGAAGGAGAGAGAUUCUGCUUCUGGGACCAGUGGUGCUGGACUCUCCAGAGGAGGAUGAGGGGUGUGAUGAAGAUGGUGAUGGCACUGGUAUGGAGGGAUACGGGGCAGGGCAUCAGGCUCGCAUGCAGAGGAUUGAGGAGCCUCCAGAGGCAGAACAGAAUGGAGCAAUGGGAGUUUCGUCCUCGCGGAGCUCCAGUGGGGUAACAGGCAGCGUGGGGGACAGGGAUUGUGUGUCCCUGGAGUCAAGCCAGUCUAGUCACCAGAGCAAUGAGACUGGGGCUGCUACUUCAGGAAUACAGACGGAUAGUGGCUGUGCAGUGCCCAUGCCCUCGCUCCACUGUCAGAGGAUCGCACGUGCCAAGUGGGAGUUUUUGUUCGGAACACCUGCUGAGGAGGCUGCCACCAGAGGAGAGAAAAAUUCUUUGGAGUGCUCCACAGCUCCUCCCAGUGGUAACUCCAGUGAGUCUCCCACUCCGACUCCCCCACUUUUCCUGCCUCUACUCUCCGCCAAUCACGAGGUGCAGCAUGUGGAGGUUGAGCUGGUGACCCCUCCCCCUGCCAUUGUCGGGACAUCACCCAAAACAGGAAUAAUUCGCCGGACGCUCAAGUAUUCCGAGACUGACCUGGAUGCCAUCCCACUCCGCUGCUACCGUGAGACGGACAUAGACGAGGUGCUACUUGCCGAACAAGAGGAUGCCGACUCAGCGUUUGGGAGUAACCGCAGUGUGCAGGGCACCUCGGGGGCAGGCAGCAGUCCUUUGGGGGGUCUGGCACACAGAAGGACAGACAGGCAGGAGGUAGAUGAGAAAAGAGGCACGGGGGAGGAGGAGGAGGACGAUGAGGAGGAUGAGGACGAGGAGGAAGAGGAAAUGGUGAGCUGGGCCAGUGUGAGGUUGCAAGGAGACACCAGGAAGCAGCAGUACGCAGCUCAGGAAGAGCCUGCAGUUUUUGGACACCUUCUAAAGAGACCUACGGAGACGUUUUUUGACAACCACCACCCAGCCCUGAAAUCGCCCAUCUUGGUCUCGGGGCCUCGCUGUGCUGCAGAGGACACUUUCAGCUGCCACUUUGAGAGCAUCAUCGAGUCCCAUCGUGCUAAGGGGACCUCGUACAACAGCCUGGACAGUGAGGAGCUGCUGACCUCGAGCACCCAAACAGUCCUGACGUUCGAUCUGCCCACGCUAACCCCUGCUAUCCACGGGAUGGUCUGCCCAAGCGCCCGGCAGAUUGUCCAACUCAGCUUUGCUCCACUGGCACACGAUGAGAGGCCCAGUUUCUCUGAUUCUAUCUUUACUGUGACCGGGGACUCGGAUGCCACCAGAGCGCCCUCCAGUGAGAGGCUGAGCAGCGGGUCAGAGGACACGCCGCGCAAAAGAGGAGAAUGUACACAGCUGGGGAGCAGCUGGUACAGCAACUCAUCGUUCACUCUACCGAGUUUGCCCCCUCUCAGCAGGGAGAAAGCCCGCCUGGCGACUGAUUCAGAGCUGGACCAGGACCUCAGUGAGAGGCUGGGUCUGGGCAGCAGCGACACCCUCACUAAUGGCAGCCACCGUGCGGAUGUUGCGGCGGCCAGACGCCUCGCCAAGCGACUCUUCAACUUGGACGGCUUCAGGAAGUCUGAUGUAGCGCGUCACCUCAGCAAAAAUAACGACUUCAGCCGUAUGGUAGUAGAGGAGUAUCUGAGUUUCUUCAACUUCACAGGACUCACACUUGACCAGGCAUUAAGGACUUUCCUCAGGCAGUUUGCUCUGAUGGGUGAGACUCAGGAGAGGGAGAGAGUGCUGUCACACUUCUCGAGGCGUUACUGGGACUGCAACCCAGACGUCAUGCCGUCAGAGGAUGCAGUUCACACUCUCACCUGUGCGCUGAUGCUGCUGAACACCGAUCUCCACGGUCAAAACAUUGGCAAAAGGAUGUCAUUCACACAGUUUGUCGGCAACCUGGAGGGACUGAACGAGGGCCAAGAUUUUCCCAAGGAUCUGCUCAAAGCUCUCUACAACUCAAUCAAGAACCAAAAACUGCAGUGGACACUCGAUGAGGAAGAGCUGCGGAAGUCGUUUUCGGAGCUCGGGGACAGCCUGUGUGACUCCAACACCUCCAGAUCCAUGAAGAGGGAGGGCAGCAGUGGGGACCUCCUGUCGGAGGAGAAACAGCCCUCGGGAUCACUGCUGUACAAGAACGGGUUCCUGGUGCGCAAAGUCCACGCCGACUCGGACGGCAAGAGAACACCGAGAGGGAAAAGAGGAUGGAAGACCUUCUAUGCCAUUCUGAAAGGGUUAAUUCUCUAUCUGCAAAAAGGGGAGUACAGGCCUGAUAAGCAGCUGUCUGAUGAGGAUCUGAAGAACGCCGUGUCCGUCCACCACUCUCUGGCCAUGAAAGCGUCCGACUACAGCAAGCGGCCCAACGUGUUUUACCUGCGGACGGCCGACUGGAGGGUGUACCUCUUCCAGGCACCGAACGCCGAGCAGAUGCAGUCGUGGAUCACACGGAUCAACACAGUGGCCGCCAUGUUCUCAGCCCCUCCUUUCCCAGCAGCCAUCGGCUCUCAGAAAAAGUUCAGCCGGCCUCUGCUGCCCGGGACAAUGUCAAAGCUCUCCGAGGAGGAGCAAAUCAGAUCCCAUGAAGCUCGAUUCAGAGCGAUCUCCACCGAGCUGGCCGAGCUGCGCUCCUAUCCUCCGGACCGCAAGGUCAAAGGGCGCGAGCUGGAAGAGUACCGCCAGCGAGACGAGUAUCUGGAGUUUGAGAAGACACGGUAUGGGACGUAUGUGAUGCUGCUGCGAGCUAAAAUCCGGAGCGGUGAGGAGGACCUGUCUGUGUUUGAGUCCCUGCUCUUGGAGGACAACGGACUGCAGAGGGCUCACUCGAGCCCCACGCUGCAGGACAGCAGCCAGGCCAGCCUGGCCAGCAGCACCAGGGACGGCGGCAACAGCAGCAAAGCCAGCGCCUGCAGCAGUAAAGUUCGGCAGGAAGGCCAGAGACACAGCUACCGACAGGCUGUCAAGAAGUGAGACAGGGUGGGGGGCGCCGGGAGCGGCACGGCGUUGCACUGUCAGCGGCAGGCUGUCUCCCUGCAUAGGUUUUAUUUGAGAUCCAGGAGGGUUCGGAGCUCUGCUUGAAAUGGGAGCUGGAGUGAGGGUCUACCCUACACCCUACCCCAACCAUGAAGCCCUACCCGGCACCCCAAUCUUCUCAUCUAACAGAGGAGGUGCAGAUCCUGUGACUGACAGACUGGCUGGGGGAAAAAAAACCCAGCGAGGGUGUUAGUGCAGGAGGAGGGAGGAACAGCUGGGAGGUAACGGAUCUGCAGAGACAUGGUGUCUUUGAGAACAUACGCUGGGUGUGUAGCAGUCAGUACCAUGCGCUGAGAUAAAGAGGGGGCAUGUAGACUGAACAGGACACUACACAGGGACCUUCAUCCAGCAUAGUUUCCUUUCCCCUCUUUUUGUUCUUUCAAGGCACCUCUCCCACCUUUUUUCUCCACCUCUCACUCAGUUUUGGGACCAAAUAUGUUUACACAUUUCAAAACAUCUCACUUUAGGCCACUGAUGAUUUGAUUUCAGUUCAACCGUUACCGCCACUUUGAUUUGAGUGCUGUAAUCGUUAUUGGACUUCUCAAAAGUCAGUGGGUUCACGGAGGCAUUACAUUCCAGCUCCUUCUUUUUUUUUCUUUUCCUUUUUUUGCCACAUCACCACGUGUAUGUUCACAUUCCACUCAGGAGCCGGACAUUGCAGCUUUUAGUUUGUGCAUGUGUAUUUUGCUAAAGGCAGUAUCAAGCAGAAUCUGUGGACAGUGCUGAUGAAGAUGGCAGUGUAGAACAUGAUGAGGUUGCAGCUCAUCUCUACUCUUUUCUCUAGACACUGAUGUCCAGUUAGAGGCAACAGCAUCAGUGGGAAUUCGCAGUACUCCUGAUAUGCAGCAACAGUACUGCAUCUCAAUAAAAGAGGUCGGGUUUUUUUUGCUCUACUUGAACAAGUGAUCUAUUUCUGAGUUGCUCUUGCUUCUGUCCCGUGAUGUGCUUCUGUUUCUCUUACUUCUUCUUGGCAGAAUGUUGUUUUCUGCAGUAUUCCGCAUGCCUGCAUCUAGCACAGCUUCUUAUAGGCCUUUUACGACAAAACCCAGAGCAGCAAAGUUGUUUUCUAUGGUCAUUCAAGUCCUUCUCCUCAUGCCGGUGCCAACAUGUGUAAUCUAUGUCUGUACUUACAGCCUCUCAUUCAGAAACCCUAUUUUAACACUCACCAGGCAGACCCUGAAUGUUCUUGUUUUUCAGUAUUUUUACAGUAUUUUACAGUCGUUUGUUGAUGUUGAACAUACUCCUCCUGUGUAUGUCCAGUAUAUGAUGAAAUAUGAUAUUGAAAAUUUAAAAAGGAAAUAUGUUAUCCAUACUUAUUGUAUACAUCCAGGAUAUGUUGUAUAUAACACACUGUCUGCUUUAUGCUUAUAUUGUAGGAUAUACUGUAUUUACAAUGUAUUCAACACAGUAUUGUGAAGAUGCAUUAGGUACACACAGUUGUGUCAAAAGCACUACCUUAUAAUCAUUUGUUGUUUCGUUUAUGUUUUUUUCUUUGUACAUGGUGGUAAUAAUUCAGCACAAUGUGAGUAUUAUGCUAAAGCCUAUGUACCUAUCGAAGAUUAGUAAGCGAUCGUGACAACAUCACACCACAUAGUUUGGAUAAAUGCUGACUGGUGCCAGGACUUUGGCUGUGUGGAGUAUUCCAAAGAGCAUGUGGCUCACCAGGACCUGAGAGCAUGAUUGUAGUUGGAUCAGGGUUGAUACUGUUAACAAAUGCAUGUGAAAUAAUGAAGUGUGUAAAAAAAAAAAAAGAAAGAAAGAAGGAAAGGAAGGAAGCAUUGAGAUUAUGAAAACACUCGUUUAGGAGAUAGUGGGCAGCAAACUGGUCUAUGUACCAGACAGUGUAACUUGUGGAACAUGUGUUAGCAGCCACAUUCACCUCAUAGCAUUGUAUUGUUGUACAGCCAUUCCUUACUCAGGCUUUCAAAUGACACCAGGAGCAGCUGCAGUGCCAGGGUCCCACCAGCAGGGAGAGCUGUCAACAUUCAGUUACGUUCUUUCAGCCAUAAUCAAAACCUGCUGCACCUGCAGUAAAUAUGCAUGGUGUCACCCCCUCACCUGAGUAUGGGGGCAGGGUGCAGGGCUAAAUGAGACCUGUUUGCAAAAAUAUGGAUGUCAAGCUAAGUGUGUGCCUGAGUGUGUGUGUGUUUGCGUGUGUGUGUGUGUGAGAGAGAGAGAGAGAUAGAUGUUCAGAGUUGCCUGUUUUAAAUAUCAUCUUUGGAGAGUGAGAUCUCUGCAGUGACUGCAUAUCCAGGCCUAAUCAGAACGUAUACUGUUUUGUACCUUAUCCUAAUCCUGUCCGCAGUUUGUCACAGUUAACACGCAAGUAUCUUGAUGAUUAUUUAACCGAUUAAGUAACGUUUAAAGCAAAAAAAGAAAGAAAAGAAAAGAAAAUUUUAGCAUUUUAUUUACAUCUUAUUUGUCUCAUGGCCCUGCCUUGCUUGUCAAACAAGAGAGACAACUCCAUAUUAUUAUUGUUAUUAUUAAUAUUAUUUUAAUUAUUUGUUAAAAAGAAUAUAUCUGAGAAUUGUAAAGGUAAAAAAUGUAUGUCCCUUUCCCAGAGUGCAGGGUUGCAUCCUCAAAUAUUGUCCAAGCAUUAAGCAUUAUUGUAUAAUUGUAGAAGAAAGGUUCAAUGGCAGAUCCUCUGGAGAGAAUAUUCAGCAGGUUAAUUAAAGAAAUAUUGUACUUGACAGUGGAACAGAAUUGAGAAUCAGGGCUAACCUUGGAUUUGUUUGUGCUUCGUGUGUGUUUAGGUUUCUCCUCGACUUAAUCUACACACAACCUUAAAAAAAACAACUAAUUCUGUCUGAAAACCACAUAUCACUCUAAUAGCUGCUGAAUAUACGAGGCAAAAAUUAUUUCUACCAUUAUUGUGCCUCUGUAAUUUGGCUAUUUCUUAUAUUUAUUUAUUUAUUUUUUUGUAAAAUUUGCUUUGAAAAGCUACCAACUUUGAAAAGAUGGUGAACAAUAUCCUUUUUAUUUAAUUUUAGGCCUGUGCCCCAAAAUUGUUGCAUCUGUUAACAAGUUAAUUGAAUUUAUUUUCCUUCCCUUGAGACAGCACUGAUACAAGAUCCAAGUAGGGACAAGCAAACCUUAAUCCUGCUGCACAUUAUGUAUUAUAGAGGCAGAAUCUCUAUACAGUCCAUAUACUGUGUAUAAUUAUGGUGCAAAAGGAAGGCAAGUCAUCCGAGCUUCCACCUUGGCAAAGUGUCUGAGGUCUCCUCCCUCUCCUCCCUCUCCUCUCCUCUCCUCUCCUCUCCUCUCCUCUCCUCUCCUCUCUUGUCACCACUCACUUACAUCAAAGAGCAGCUGCUGGAUCUCCAUGGCACUGGUUAGUGUGGAAAUGGCUGGUUCCCUUGGUGACGGCUGUGUGAUGCUCAAGCAAAAGUCACCCCGUUGCACUCCAGCCACCGUGGCAGAUGACUGUUCUGAAGGCAGCAGUGCAUGUCUGCAGCAGUCAGAGUGAACCAUCCUUUACCAUGUGUUUCCUUCACAGCCUCGUUUUCUGAAUGUGACAUGUACAUAAAGCAUGAGAUAUUAUGGCCUGCUUUCAUUUAUAUUAUGGUUACAGUAUUAAAUUAAGGGUUAUUGUGUAUAAGAUAGUUAAUCUUUUUUUUCCUCUCUCUGUCCUUGAGCUCAUGGUCACUUAUUUUUAUUUUUUUAUCAAUGUGAAUGAAGGAAAAGGCUGUAUUUAAUGCUGUUGUAUGCUGUUGUGUUUUAGGGACUUGAAUCAGUUCAUACAAAUUGUUUUACACAUCUGAUCUGAUCCACCUCAGUGUUUUUUAGACUGGUGCAGGCAAGGCCAUGUUCAUUUUAUGCUAUACAUACAUACAUGCAUACAGUGAGCUACACGUGUCACUGCCUUGUUAAAAUUCACCAAGAACAUGUUGUUUGUGAGCUUCUCAUUUUUGGAGGCGUAGAAGAUAAAAAAAAAUAAAAGUGUUUUAAAAGUUAAA